AUGGGUAAAGUUGCAAUAUUUAUAAAUUAUAACAUUGGUCCAUCAGAAAAAGGUCCAAGUUACUAUACAUUGAGUCAUGGUAAAUCUAUUGAACUUGUGUUCCACAAAAAAGAUGGAACAAACUUAACUAUUCAUCCUGGAGAUACGUUUGAGUUUUAUUUGAACGAUGUCACCACAGUAGAUUAUACUUAUAGACCUUCUAACAUGUUUGACAUGAUGUAUCCAAUUGGUUCUAUAUUUACAUCAAUGAGCUCAACAAGCCCGCAAACCCUUUAUGGAGGUGUUUGGCAACCGAUUGUUGAUCAGUUUCUUUACUGUUCUAACUCAUCAAUGGACUUUGGUGGUUCAAAGACUAUCAGAGUUGAAAACCUUCCACCACACUCCCAUAGGUUCAGUGCAACAACAUCUACUAAUGGAGAGCAUUCACAUUCAAUGACAAAAAGAGGUUAUACAAAUCUUGCAGCAGGUUCUGAUAGACAAGGUAUGAAUAG